GUCUAUCUUUUGGCUUGACUAAAAGAUGAUUCACCAUCAGGCGCGUGGAGUGGCUACCGUGGUGUAUAACAACAUUCAGUCUGCUACCUAUGCAAAGGAGAAGCUACAUGGAUUUGAGUAUCCCCCUGGACAGCGGUUAAUUGUCAAGCUUGACCAUCACGACAUGCCACCUGGUCCCCCUCCCAUGAUGCCAGGAACCCCAGGUGGCCCCCCCUUUGCUGGCCUACCUCGUGUUGCUGGAGCAUUGGCCUCGCAUAAUGGCACCAUGGGAGGAAGUCCCCCAGGAGGCAUGGCUGUGGCACCCCAGUCUGCAGUAUCAGGUGGACAACCCAAUAGCAACAUUCAACAAAACCUGGCGCAGUUGGCCGAGACUAUUGCCCAGGCCACGUCACUCAUACAGGCUGCAGGGUUGAAUCAAGGGUCGGCAGGACACAACAACAUGGGCACUCAAGGGCAGACUGGUGGUGGAGAGACGUAUGACCCCUCCUACUGCUCAGUCAAAUUACCUCCCCCACAGCCUCUAGCACCUGUGGACUCGGCAGUGGCGGAAAGGUUGUUUAUUGUGUGUCAUCCGUCACCACCCCGAUAUAUGCAUUGAAGGAUGUCUUUGGAAGAUUUGGAAACCUUAUUGAUAUUUAUAUGCUGAACGGAAAAACUUUCGGAUAUGCUAAAUAUGCUAGCAAAGAUUCAGCAGAUAAGGCAAUUGUGGUGUUACAUGGACAAGAAGUGCUUGGAUCUCGUUUAAAAGUAAUGGAAGCAGAUCCACAUGACAAAGCAGACUCAGGUCGCAAGAGACUACGCAUCGAUGAUCAGAGUUGAGCAUCCCUGCCACGAGCAGAGUGUUGACAUCGUGACUACGCCGACUACACUACGGACAGUUACGGACAGCCAACACAGCGACAUACUACUACCCUAACCAACCAACGAUCCAACAAACCAACUCCCUGUAACCUUUUUAGACAUCCACCAACAGUCAUGCUCCCAGUGACGUCAAAACACUUCAUUGUAUCAAAACUAGCCAAUGACUGGGCCCUCAAAGGCCGAUGUGUACGAGUGACUUCACAGGUGACCUUCUAGGGAUUAAAUACAUGAUGUCUAUUGUGUAUAUGUGAAUGGUCCUCCUUCCUCACCCGCCCUUCUCCUCUUCCUCACUUCACCAUCCCCUGACUCCUCCCUUUGUCCUUCCUUAUGCCAUGACCUCUGCUAAUAGAAUCCCCCCCCCCCCCACCUGCCUUCCAUCAGAAUGAUUUGUCUAGAAUUGAUAGCUGUGGGAUUUUUUAAUUUCUUACAUUAUUUUAUUUUAUUUUUUUUUCAUGAGAUUAAGCAAGGUGUAGGUGUAGGUAUUGUGAAUUUUUGAGUACUUCAUGUUGUUGUGGUGAGAAUUAAUGAAUGGAUGGUUUUCACAUUUCAUGAAGGAGAGCCAUAGCUAUCAUGGCUACAAGUAUUAGGUGUAGUUUAGAUUGUGAACCACUAUUUGGUAAGAUAUAUAUGAUCAGUUUUUGUACCAAGUGGAUACCUCAGUAUUAGAAGUAAAUGUAUACUAUUCCUACACUGUCCCUGUAUAUUGUGAUACCAAAAGUAUGGUUCUAGUGUUCAAAAGUCUGUAUAAAUUGAUGUAUACAAAUGAUUAAAAAGAAGCAAAGUGUUUUGUAAUUGCACUGGAAACUGUUGUUUGAUCAGCUAUUCAUGAAAGUUCUAUAUAGAAUUCUACUGUAAAGCCAAGGGUCCGGAAAUUUGGGAAACAGGAUGAAAAGAAGAUUGUGAUGAAUAACCUCAGAACACAUUUUCAGAAGUGCCCUGUAAAGAAAUAUAUAUAUAUAUAUCCUAACCUUAAUCGCUAGAGCCUAUAUAGUGUCACCCUCCACCCCCUGUCCUGUUCC